AUGAAUUCAAACAGUUUCAACUUAAGCUCAACCGAUUCCUCUUCAUCUUCAUCUAACUCGGAUGAUGAGGGAAGGGAGCUUAGAGUUCAACAACGUAAUGAAAUGUGUCUUAUGAUACAACACGUAAUGCAUGAGUACAUUCCACCAAUUAUUCAAGCUGCCACUCAGCAACGCCGACGCAAAUCUACUGAGCCCCGAAAGGAUAGGGGACGCGAAGAAGGUCAUGCACGGUUAUACAAUGACUAUUUCGCGGAAGUCCCAGUUUAUCCAAGUUCCUUGUUCCGGCGCCGGUUUCGAAUGCGUAAACAUGUGUUUGAGCGCCUUCUCAACGCAGUGACCCAACAUGACCCUUGGUUUCAACAAAGGCGAGAUGCGACAGACGCUUGUGAUAAGUAUGUCCGUAUAAGUGAGGCUACUUCACGAUUGGCACUCCAAAAGUUUACAGAAGGUGUCAUCAACCAGUUCGGUGAUCAGUACCUAUGUCGUCCAAACAUCGCAGAAAUAGAAAGAUUGCUACGUAUUGGGGAAGAACGUGGAUUUCCUGGCAUGAUAGGCAGCAUUGAUUGUAUGCACUGGGAGUGGAAGAACUGUCCACACGCAUGGAAGGGGCAGUAUCAAGGAAGAGCAGGAGUUGCAACUCUCGUACUGGAGGCAGUUGCGGACAGAGAUCUAUGGAUAUGGCAUUCGUUCUUUGGGAUGCCAGGUAGCUGCAACGAUAUUAAUGUGCUUCAUCGAUCCCCUGUGUUCGAAGACGUCUUAGAGGAUCGAACACCUGCUGUGAACUUCGUAGUCAAUGGUCAUCAUUAUACGAAUGGGUAUUAUCUUACUGAUGGAAUCUACCCUAGAUGGGCUACUUUUGUGAAAUCCAUUACGAGUCCACAAGCUCGUAAGGAUCAUUUAUUCGCAAAACACCAGGAAGCUGCAAGGAAAGACGUUGAACGCGCAUUUGGGGUCCUUCAAGCUCGUUUUGCCAUUAUUAAAAAGCCGUCUUUGGCGUGGGAUACCGACAUACUCCACAAUAUCAUGCUCGCUUGCAUCAUAAUACAUAAUAUGAUUGUUGAAGAUGAACGAGAGACGUAUCAAAAUAACGUUAAUACCAAUGAGUUUAUGAAUGCUGGAGGCAACGCUAAUGAGGACACUACCGAGUACCGUACUGAUCGUAUUGUGGAUAUCGGCUUAUACUUGACUCGUAGAACAGAGAUUGAGGAUCAACAGACUCAUUUGCAGCUAAAAAACGACUUGGUCGCACAUAUAUGGAAUAAAUUUGGUAACAACGAGAACUUACGCAAUUAG